AUGCCAAGGUUUCAAGACAAAAGAACAUUCGAACUACUACGUGAAGUACCACCAAAUAUGUUCUUUCUCGUACGCGAAGCAUUACCGCUACGCCAAAAAGUGGAACUGCAGCUGAGAACACUACAGCGCCGAAUCGAGGACAUGGAGAACGCCAAAAUCUCUACCGAAAUGGCAUUGGAGACGUUUCCACGUGCUCUAAGCUUCAUGGAAAACGAACCGAAAGCUACAGGUCUUAUGGAUGGUUUUGACAUCUACUGA